GGGACAGCUGCUCUGAGACAAUGCAGUAAGCAAGGCAGAAAUUCCUCAGAGCUGAGGGUGACUCGUGGGAGGAGUCCAGUUUGCUAAGUAUUGUCAUUUGCGGAGAGUAGGUGUGUGUUCAAGAAGGAGUCUUAACCUGGAGGAUCAUUAACUCUUUCGGCCGGCUGGAGAGCUGCGGUGGUUCGGCAAAUUGGUCCCGGAGGCUCCUGCUCAGGAAGGCCAGGGAGGAGCAGUGGAAUCACUUUUUCAUGGGGGACCACUUUGAGAAGGGCCAGCACACUCUGCUCAAUGAAGGUGAAGAGAAUGAGAUGGAGAUAUUUGGCUACCGGACUCAAGGCUGCCGGAAAACCCUCUGUCUUGCUGGAUCCAUCUUCUCAUUUGGGAUCCUCCCCUUGGUGUUUUACUGGAGACCUGCUUGGCAUGUGUGGGCAAAUUGUGUCCCAUGUUCCUUACAAGAGGCAGAUGUCGUGUUGCUGAGGACAACGGAUGAAUUCCAAACUUACUCACGGAAAAAGGUAAUGUGGAUCCACCUGUCAUCAUUAAACAGCGAGUUAGGUGUCACUCCUGACCACCCUGUCAUUACAGAUGAGGAGUACAUCAUAAAUAGAGCCAUCAGAAAGCCAGACCUAAAGGUGAGAUGCAUAAAAGUGCAGAAAAUAAGAUAUGUUUGGAACAACUUAGAAGAACAGUUCCAGAAAAUUGGUUGUUUGGAAGACUGGCUCAGUUCUGCCAAGAUACAUCUAAAAUUUGGAUCAGGUCUAACAAAAGAAGAACAAGAGAUUAGGAGGUUAAUAUGUGGGCCUAAUACUAUUGAUGUUGAAAUCACACCAAUUUGGAAACUACUUAUCAAGGAGGUUUUAAAUCCAUUUUACAUAUUUCAACUCUUCAGUGUCUGUUUGUGGUUUAGUGAAGACUAUAAGGAAUAUGCUUUUGCCAUCAUAAUUAUGUCCAUCAUGUCCAUAGCUUUGACGGUCUAUGAUCUCAGAGAGCAAUCUGUAAAACUUCACCGCCUAGUGGAGUCACAUAAUAGCAUUACAGUCUCUGUAUGUGGGAGAAAAGCUGGAGUCCAAGAGCUGGAAUCACGCUUCCUGGUACCUGGAGAUCUAUUAGUUUUGACAGGGAACAAAGUGCAAAUGCCAUGCGAUGCCAUCCUGAUUGACGGCAGCUGUGUGGUAGAUGAAGGCAUGCUGACAGGAGAAAGUAUUCCAGUGACUAAAACUCCACUACCCAAGACAGAGAGCUCUGAGCCCUGGAAAAUGCAGAGUGAAGAAGACUAUAAACGACAUGUCCUCUUCUGUGGGACAGAGAUUAUCCAAGCCAAGGGAUCCUGUUCUGGGACCGUGAAAGCAGUGGUGCUGCAGACUGGGUUCAACACUGCAAAAGGUGACCUCGUGAGAUCCAUUCUCUACCCGAAGCCAAUGAACUUUAAGCUCUACAGGGACGCCAUCAUGUUUCUCCUGUGCCUUGUGGGGACAGCAACCAUCGGGAUGAUCUAUACUUUGUGUGUCUAUGUGCUCAGCGGGGAGCCUCCAGAGGAGGUGGUGAAGAAAGCCCUCGAUGUCAUCACAAUUGCGGUGCCUCCUGCUCUGCCUGCUGCUCUGACCACGGGCAUUAUCUAUGCCCAGAGGAGGCUGAAGAAGAGAGGCAUCUUUUGCAUCAGCCCACAGAGGAUCAAUGUAUGUGGACAAAUAAACCUCGUCUGCUUUGAUAAGACAGGCACCUUAACAAGGGAUGGUUUGGAUCUCUGGGGAGUCGUGCCCUGCGAUAGAAGUGGCUUCCAGGAAAUCCACAGCUUUGCCUCGGGCAGGUCUUUGCCAUGGGGCCCGCUGUGUGCCGCCAUGGCCAGCUGCCACUCUCUAAUCCUUCUCGAUGGGACCAUCCAGGGAGAUCCUCUGGAUCUCAAGAUGUUUGAAGCCACCACCUGGGAGAUGGCUAUUUCUGGGGACGAUUUCCACAUCACGGGAGUGCCAGCACAUGCCAUGGUAGUUAAGCCCUGCAAAACAGCCAGCCAGGUCCCAGUGGAAGGAAUCGCAAUCCUGCAUCAGUUCCCAUUCUCAUCAGCACUGCAGAGGAUGACAGUCAUUGCCCAAGAGAUGGGGGGUGACAGGCUGGCAUUCAUGAAAGGUGCACCAGAAAGGGUGGCCAGCUUUUGCCAACCUGAGACAGUACCAACUAGUUUUGUUAGCGAACUUCAGAGUUAUACAACACAGGGCUUCCGGGUGAUAGCACUGGCCUACAAGAAGCUAGAAAUGGAUCAUCACAGCACUGCCCUGACAAGGGACAAAGUAGAAUCAGACCUGAUAUUUCUGGGAUUGCUGAUCUUGGAGAAUCAGCUGAAGGACGAGACAAAACCUGUUCUGGAAGAACUCAUCUCAGCCCGGAUAAGGACUGUAAUGGUCACAGGUGACAAUCUUCAGACUGCAAUAACAGUGGCCAGGAAGUCUGGAAUGGUUUCUGAAAACCAAAAAGUCAUUCUCAUUGAAGCAAAUGAAACCACUGGGUCCUCCUCAGCAUCUAUAACUUGGAAAUUAGUAGAGGAGAAGAAACAGAUUUCAUAUCGCAAUCAGGAUAAUUACAUUAAUAUCAGGGAAGAUGUCUCUGAUAAUGACAGAGAAGGAAGUUACCAUUUUGCCUUAAGUGGAAAAUCUUUUCAGGUUAUAAGUCAACAUUUUAGCAGCCUACUACCAAAGAUACUGAUCAAUGGGACCAUCUUUGCAAGAAUGUCUCCUGGGCAGAAAUCCAAUCUGGUGGAAGAAUUUCAGAAACUGGAUUACUUUGUAGGUAUGUGCGGUGAUGGGGCCAAUGACUGUGGGGCUUUGAAAAUGGCUCACGUGGGCAUCUCUUUAUCAGAGCAAGAGGCAUCUGUGGCCUCCCCUUUCACUUCGAAAACUCCAAACAUUGAGUGCGUACCUCACCUUAUCAAGGAAGGACGUGCAGCUCUGGUUACCUCAUUUUGCAUGUUUAAGUACAUGGCUCUGUACAGCAUGAUUCAGUAUGUUGGUGUUCUGCUGCUCUACUGGGAGACAAACAGUCUUUCAAAUUACCAGUUUCUGUUCCAGGAUCUGGCCAUCACAACUCUUAUUGGCAUAACAAUGAAUUUGAAUGGUGCCUACCCCAAGCUGGUGCCUUUCAGGCCUGCAGGAAGGCUGAUCUCCCCACCUCUGCUGCUCUCUGUGAUUUUCAACAUUCUUCUCAGCCUGGCUAUGCACAUUGUGGGCUUCAUUCUGGUUCAGAGGCAGCCUUGGUAUUCCAUGGAGAUGCACAGUGUCUGCACACUACAAAAUGAAAACAUCUCAAAGUUAAUUAUUUCUCCAACUGCUCCAGAAAAAAUUGGAAAUAAUGGUGCCUUCACAAGCUUUGAGAACACUACCAUAUGGUUCUUAGGAACAAUCAACUGUAUCAUUGUGGCUCUUAUUUUCUCUAAAGGAAAACCGUUUAGGCAGCCCAUCUAUACAAACUAUAUAUUUGUCCUUGUGCUGGUCCUACAGCUGAGUGUGUGUCUGUUCAUUCUAUUUGCUGAUAUUCCAGAAUUAUAUAGGCGUUUGGAUCUGCUCUGCACUCCUGUUCUGUGGAGGGUCUACAUCAUCAUUAUGCUCAGUUCCAAUUUCAUUGUGUCCCUUGUUGUGGAGGAGGCCAUCAUUGAAAAUCGAGCCCUGUGGAUGACAUUCAAAAGGUGUUUUGGCUAUCAAUCAAAAAGUCAGUAUCGGAUAUGGCAGAGAGCCUUGGCAAAUGACCCUAGUUGGCCACUAUUAAACAAAACAUCUUACUCUGACAUGCCAGGGUGUGGAAGAGGAGUGUCUUAUAGCAAUCCAGUGUUUGAGAGCAAUGAAGAACAACUCUGAAGCCAGUGUGAUAUACAAGUUAACAAAACAUGGAAAUGAUGACAGAGAGCAGUUUCAGUGAGUUUCAAGUAAUGAGACUCUUCUAAAAUCAGCUGGAGUUUCUGGAAUCAAAAACCUACCCAAUCAUGGUGACAAAUUAAAAACUUGAUAAAAUACUUUCUACAGAGCAGAACACUGCCCCAGAAGAGUGCUUUCCUCUUAGCUUCUGAAAAUAUUGACGGUGUUAGUGAAUCAAGAAUGGUUCCAAGGAUGGCAAUUGACCAAGAGAUUGGGAAGCUAAUGGACAAAGAGAAUAUAUAAUCUUUCUUCUUAGAUAACAUAUUUUUUAAAUGAGUUGAGAGAAAGUAGUACUAUGUGUAGUCAUAGAAUUGUAACAUGCAAAAGAUCCCUUUUGAAUUUGUGUUUUGUUGGCAGAAAAACAAAUGCAUGGGAGACUUCACACCAAUCUUCACUGUCCAGUUUCCUUUCUUUUAUAGUACUUUCAGAGUUGAGACAAUUCCCUCUGCCUCUGGCCUUCCCCUACAUAUUACUAAGGAUUGGCUAAGCUGAUGUUGCAAUAACAAACAACUCCCUUGUCUCAGUGGCUUGACACACAAGAACUUCUUUUAUGGUCCAGGUGACACUAGACUAGCUUUCUUCACAGUGCUGACUGCCUCAGUCUGUUGGCCCCACUGACUGAAAACAAGGACUCCACGUUCAUUGUGAUGGGGAAGGAAGAGUCUGGAGAUCACACAGGGCUUUCACCCCAAAACUCGAUGUAUUUCUUCCACUACUUGAAUCUCAUUCAUUAGGGAUUUGGCAAAGAAGUUGCGAAGUACAGUCACUUAUGUUUAGGGUUGGUUUCAUGGGCGUAUGACCUGUGUAGUCAUCUAGAUCCCCAUGCUUAGAAGGGCCCCACCUUUAUUUUAAUGCUUUGCUGUUGCCACCUUGAAAUUCUUAAUUUUGAAAUACCCACAUUUUCAUUUUGGAUUCAGCCCCACAAAUUAUGUAGUUGGUCCAGCUUGUAUUCUUAGGAAAGAAAGGAAAGUAGCACAUAUCAAAGAGCACAGACACUGUCCUCUAAGGUCUACAUCUCCUGCCCCUGUGAACAUUUCCUGCUUUAGGAACUCCACAUCUCACAUAUCCAACUUCAGGUAUUUCCACUCCUCUGCUCUAUUA